AUUCAUUUCCAAUUUUCGGCACCUCAAAAUAGUUAACGAAUCUCUUAUUUGAUUUCAAAAUUCUAAAUUAUUACAACUGAUUUCCUUUUGAUAUUGCAAAAACAGCAAUAUGAGUAAAAGACCUUUAGGCCCCGGACCCGGUGCUUACAUGUUACCGCCCACUGUCGGCUAUGAGAAUCAUGAUAAUCGAAAACAACGUAUGCCGCAGUAUUCAUUCGGUACACGCUCGUAUAGGCACGAGAAACUACUGGGACCAGGAGCCGGAGCCUACAAGGUAGAUACUUUGACGCGUUAUGGCGUAAGUACUAGCAAUCAAUUUACAAUCCAAGGCAGAACGUAUGUGAAAGAAAAGAACAUUGGUCCAGGUCCGGGUGCACACGACGUGCAUCUAAAACCAUUCUUCAAGGGCACCGAUGCGCCAGCUUACUCAAUGUCUUGGCGUAAUGCCUAUGCUUUCAAAAGCUCUACACCUGGGCCUAAUGUGUAUGGUGUAGAUGUGUCACCAAUUAAGCAAGCAUUUCCAGCCUACAGCAUGGGCAUCCGAUGCGGUUUAACUGGCAAAGCUAUAUCACCUGGACCAGCGGCUUAUGGUGCUGGAAAUUUAUCGGUGAAACUACCUCGUAGCCCUGAAUUUUCAAUUUCCGGCCGUAAUCCGUACUCAUUCAAAAAAAUUGGACCUGGUCCAAACAAUUAUAAUCUCAUAUAUUACCGUCCCGGCAAAUCAGGGCAAGCAUAUUCCUUCGGUAUACGUCACCACGACUUUGCGCCUCCAAUGAUUGUUAAAUGUGAUAACAUGUAGU